GUAGUGUAUAGUGAUGUCCUCUGUGUCUCCUGGUUCAUGUUGUUCGCCUCUGUUCAGUAAUAUUGGUGAAUAUUAUGGAGUUGUCUUCCUCCUCUGCGGUAUAUGUAUCCACCAUUGCUGCAGGUCACAUGUUGUCACUCCAGUGAUUCGGUCUUGCACACUCUGCACAAUUUGGCGCAGAGAGACACAGCUCACACCAGGCGGUUGGGUUGCUCGACGCCAAACUAUGCAAAGGGCAUGGAUCACUUAAAGGGGUACUCCACUGCUCCGUGCAGCACCUGGCAUUCUGAAUGGUAUUUUCUGAACGCUGGGUACGGGCGGCGGUAGUUGUGACAUCACGGUACGCCCCCUUGUGACAUCACACCACCACCCCGCAAUUCAUGUCUAUGAGAGGGGGCGUGGCACCCACCACGCCCCCUUCCAUAGACAUAAAUGGAGGGGGUGUGGUGUGACGCCACCUAGAUACCAAUAGUAGUAACCAUAGCAUCUAGGUGGGUAAACUCAUAGGUUACUGAUGGGUUGUCAUGGCCUUCUGAAGGCCCAGUGGCUGCCAUGAUACUGCUAUUAUACCCCUAAGCCAUGUACUCAAAUGUUUUCCCUUAUUUUCUCUAGUCAGUGUGUUUUCUUUGUUGUUUUUUUCUUUCCUUUGCUUCUCAUCUUUUCAUGUAGGUCUUCACAAUAAAGGAGCCUGUUCUGAUAUCUUCUAUGUUAGAGAAUGUUACUGACUGACCCAUCAAGGAUGAAGAGAGACAGGAACAAGAUGGCCGACAGGAUCAUAAAUCUCACCCUACAGAUACUCUUUCGGCUUACUGGAGAGGAUUACACAGUAGUGAAUAAAUCCUCUAGUGGGCGCUGUCGGGCUCCUGUAUGUGAAGGAUGGGGAAGAACCCUGAGCCCAAUCCCGGGGCCCCCACCUCACUCCCUGAUACAUGAGGAAAUGGAUGAACAGAAGAUCCUAGAACUGAUCAACAAGAUGAUGGAGCUGCUGACUGGAGAGGUUCCUAUAAGGUGUCAGGACGUGGCGGUCUAUUUCUCCAUGGAGGAGUGGGAGUAUGUAGAAGGACACAAGGAUCAGUACAAGGAUCAGGUGAUGAUGGAGGAUCAGCAGCCCCUCACAUCAGCAGUCAGAUCCAGUAAGAGAACAGCAGCAGAGAGGUGUCCCCGUCCUCUUCUUCCACAGGAUCAGGAUCAGGGAGAAGAUCUGAACAACAUUAAUGCUCCAGAGACAGAGGACAUUCCUAUAGGGAAAGAUCUGAUCUAUAUUAAUGCUACAGACAUAAAGGAAGAAGAUACAGAUGUGAGCGGUGAUGAGCAGUAUAAGGAGGACAUUCCUACAAGGAAAGAUCUGAACUAUAUUAAUGCUACAGAAAUGAAGAAGGAAAAAGAAGAGACAGAUGUGAGCGGUGAUGAGCAGUAUAAGGAGGACAUUCCUACAGGGAACAGUUUGACCCAUAUUAAUGCUCCAGACAUAACAGUAAAAGAAGAGACAGAUGUGAGCAGUGAUGAGCAGUAUAAGGAGGACAUUCCUACAGAGAAAGAUCUGAUCUAUAUUAAUACUACAGACAUAAAGGAAGAAGGAGAGACAGAUGUGAGCGGUAAUGAGCAGUAUAAGGGGGACAUUCCUACAGAGAAAGAUCUGAUCUAUAUGAAUGUUACAGAUGUAAAGGUAAAAGAAGAAGAAGAAGAGACAGAUGUGAGCGGUGAUGAGCAGUAUAAGGAGGACAUUCCUACAGGGAAAGAUCUGAUCUAUAUUAAUGCUACAGAAAUAAAGGAAGAAGAAGAGACAGAUCUGAGCGGUGAUGAGCAGUAUAAGGGGGACAUUCCUACAGAGAAAGAUCUGAACUAUAUUGAUGCUUUAGACAUAAAGGUAAAAGAAGAAGAAGAAGAGACAGAUGUGAGCGGUGAUGAGCAGUAUAAGGAGGACAUUCCUACAAUUAUCCGCCCAGAUGACUGUACUCAGAGCUCAGGGGGACACCUGAUAUGUUCAGAUUUUAAGGCAGCCCUUUACAGGAAAGAUCUGUCAUCUGAUCCUGUGAUACCCAUCCUGUCUUCUGAUUCAUCACGGACUGUUACACAAAAGAAAAGUUACUGUAAGGAUGAUAAAGAGAUAAGAGCUCAUACAGUAAAGAAGCCAUAUCCGUGCUCAGAAUGUGUCUCCUCCAACCCAGGAUCCUCUGCUGAUAUCUUCUAUAUAAUAGAAGUUUCCUGCCCAACCAUGGAGAGAGACAGGAACAAGAUGGCCGACAGGAUCAUAGACCUCACCCUACAGAUACUCUUCCGGCUUACUGGAGAGGAUUACACAAUAGUGAAGAAGUCCUCUAGUGGGCGCUGUCGGGCCCCUGUGUGUGAAGGACAGGGAAGAAGCCUGAGCCCAAUCCCGGGGCCCCCACCUCACUCCCUGAUACAUGAUGAAAUGGAUGAACAGAAGAUCCGAGAACUGAUCAACAAGAUGAUGGAGCUGCUGACUGGAGAGGUUCCUAUAAGGUGUCAGGACGUGGCGGUCUAUUUCUCCAUGGAGGAGUGGGAGUAUGUAGAAGGACACAAGGAUCAGUACAAGGAUCAGGUGAUGAUGGAGGAUCAGCAGCCCCUCACAUCAGCAGUCAGAUCCAGUAAGAGAACAGCAGCAGAGAGGUGUCCCCGUCCUCUUCUUCCACAGGAUCAGGAUCAGCUUAUAAAUCAGGGAGAAGAUCUGAACAAUAUUAAUUGUAUAAACAUAAUAGUAAAAGAAGAGACAGAUGUGAGCAGUGAUGAGCAGUAUAAGGAGGACAUUCCUACAGGUAACCCCCCAGCAGAUGACUGUACCAGGAGAUCAGAGGAGAAUCUUAUAUCUUCAUAUUAUAAAGCAGAUGAUGAUAUCACACAAGAUACAUAUGAAGAACAUUCCAUUAUCCCAGAUACACCCUCAGCCCUUCACAGCCAAGAUCUCUCAUCUGAUCCCUUAAUAAAGGAGAAGCCAUUUUUAUGUUCAGAAUGUGGGAAAAGGUUCACUAAGAAUUCAAGUCUUCUUAAACAUCAAAUAACUCACACAGGAAAGAAGCCAUUCUCGUGCUCAGAAUGUGGGAAAUGUUUUACUCUUAAAUCCUCUCUGAUUGAACACCAGAAAAUUCACUCAAGUAAGAAGCUAUUUUCAUGUUCAGAAUGUGAAAAAUGUUUUACUCAAAAAUCAAAUCUUGUUGAACAUCAAAAAACUCACACAGGAGAGAAGCCAUUUUCAUGUUCGGAAUGUGGGAAAUGUUUUACUCAGAAAGCAAAUCUUGUUGAACAUCAAAAAACUCACACAGGAGAGAAGCCAUUUUCUUGUUCCGAAUGUGGGAAAUGUUUUACUCAUAAAUCAUCUCUUGUUGAACAUAAGAGAAUUCACACAGGUGAGAAGCCAUUCUCAUGUUCGGAGUGUGAAAAAUGUUUUACUCAGAAAUCAAGUCUUGUUGAACAUCAAAGAACUCACACGGGGGUAAAGCCAUUUUCAUGCACAGAAUGUAGGAAAUGUUUUACUCAGAAAUCAAGUCUUCUUUCUCAUCAAAAAACUCACACAGGAGAGAAGCCAUUUUCAUGUGCAGAAUGUGAAAAAUGUUUUAGUCAGAAAUCACAUCUUGUUAAACAUCAAAGAACUCACACAGGAGAGAAGCCAUUUUCAUGUCCAGAUUGUGAAAAAUGUUUUUCUCAGAAAUCAAGUCUUGUUGAACAUCAAAGAACUCACACAGGAGAGAAGCCCUUUUCGUGUAUAGAAUGUGGAAAAUGUUAUACUUGGAAAUCAGAUUAUGUUAAACAUAAAAAGAUUCACACAGGGGAGAAGCUAUUUCCAUGUUCAGAAUGUGGGAAACAUUUUAAUGAUAAAUCACAUCUUGUUAAACAUCGAAGAAUUCACACAGGAGAGAAGCCAUUUUCAUGUUCAGAAUGUGGGAAAUGUUUUACUCAGAAAUCAAUACUUAUGAGACAUUUAAGAAUUCACACUGGAGAGAAGCCAUUUGUAUGUUCAGAAUGUGGGAAGGGUUUCUCUCGGAAUUCAAAUCUCAUUCAACAUCAACGAAUUCACACCGGGGAGAAGCCAUUUCCUUGUCCAGAAUGUGGGAAGGGUUUCUCUCGGAAAUCAAAUCUCCUUCAACAUCAACAAAUUCACACAGGGGAGAAGCCAUUCUCAUGUUUAGAAUGUGGGAAAUGUUUUACUCAAAAAUCAGCUCUUGGCCUACAUAAAAAAAUUCACACAGGGCAGAAGCCCUUUUCCUGUUCAGAAUGUGGGAAAAGUUUCACUAAGAAAUCUUCUUUUGUUGAACAUCAAAAAAUUCACACGGGGGAGAAGCAGUUUUCAUGCCCAGAAUGUGGGAAAGGUUUUAUUCUUAAAUCCUCUGUUAUUGAACAUAUGAAAAAAUCACACAAAGGAAAAGUAAUUUCCAUGUCCAGAACUUGAAAAAAGUUUUUCUUAAAAAUGACAUCUUGUUUGCCAUAAGAAGCCAUUUUCAUGUUAAGAAUGUGGGAAGUGUUUCAUUCAGAAAUCACAUGUUGUUUGCCAUCAAAAUAUUCACACUGGGAAGAAGCCAUUUCCAUGUUCAGAAUGUGGGAAGCAUUUCUCCCGGAAAUCAAAUCUCAUUCAGCAUCAAAGAACUCACACAGGAGAGAAGCAAUUUUCAUGCUCAGAAUGUGGGAAAUGUUUUACUCAAAGAUCAUAUAGUGUUUUACAUCAAAAACCAUACCUGUCAACUCCCAACUGCUCUCAGUAGCUGAGGGACACCAAUAAUAGCUGUCACAAAAUUAUCUCCGUUCCAAUUUAAACAGUAUUGUGAUACUAUAUAAGGGGGGGGGGGGGCUUUAAAAUAAAAAGUGAAAAAUGUUUUGUUUGUUUUUAUUUAAAUAUUCCUUAAUAAAAAUGUAAAAUCACCCUGCACUCCAAUAUUCAAUAUUUAAAAUAAAAAAAAUGCAAACUCCAAAUAAUAAACAUGCUUGAUAUCGCCACAUGCGGAAAUGUCUGAGCCAUUAAAAUAUAUUGUUGUGGGGGGCGUGGUAUGACGGGUGAUGUAAGUGACCACAUGACUGCUCCUGCUAACCCAUUCUGCACUUUCUCUUGCUCAUUGUAUAAUUCCUGUCUGGGCCUCUCCCCACAUGUUGCUCCUACCCUCUUCCUCCCUUGGGCAAAGUUUAAGCCAUGGUUAACGGAUGAUCCUGGCAGGGUAGAUCUGGGAAGGACCCUUGAACGCCCACCCUGCAGAGGCAACAUGGGGUCAGUGACCUUGAGGAUCAACUCGUGGCUGUGCAGAGGGACUUAAAGGGGUACUCUGCCCCUAGACAUAUUAUCCCCUAUCAAAGGAUAGGGGAUAAGAUGUCUGAUCACGGGGGUCCCGCCGCUGGAGGCCUACAUGAUCUCCCUGCUGCACCCUGCGUUCGUGUAGAG